AUGCAUGCCGGACAAAGACUACAUGCUGUUAUCUUUAGGAGUAGAAGCAUGACAAUGCAGAGAAUUUCGUUCCAUGCUGCAUGUUCCAUGUUGUGUCCAUGUGCAGGGGCCCAAGAUGUCUCUGUCUCAGGCCCAAGGCUCGAGAUUGCCAUAUGCUCUGCCACAGAAGAUGUGCUGGAGAUAGUAACUGCUUCCAGGAUUGAACAGGGCAACGAGAUCCACAAUACCUAUGGAGAACACUCGAAUGCUGAGCUCCUGCACAAAUAUGGAUUUGCCUUGCUGUCCAAUCCCUUCAAUGUUAUCACAAUUGCCAAACAGGCUGUUGUAGAUGCCAUGACAGACAUCAUGGGUGAGGAGUUGUGCCGCGAAAGGUGUGAACUGCUUCAAGACAACAGCCACCUCCUUGAACCUGAUGAUGAACCUUUCGAAAUCUUGGAGGGGGGAUUGCUGUCAGCUCCACUUGUGGUUGUGUUGGUCGUGCUCACCACUCAUGGCAGCAAAUUCGAUGGCUGGGAGUCGAUGCUUCGCACUCUGGAGGUUGGAGGCCAAAGCAUCCAGGAACCAAAGGCGGUGGCAGCCGUUUGGGACCUCAUUGGUGCGGUGGGCCGAAAAUUUUUGCAGGACACGUUAAGCUCAAGGCUCACAAAGUAUGCAGGGGGGAGUCUGGCUGAUGAGAAGGCAAUGCUGCAGCGGCUGUGCGAUGAAGGUAGCAGGUCAGAGCAGAAGUGUGCCCGAAUCGGCGCUGCAACUCUCCGUUUGACGGAAAAACAGAUCAUUCUGGAUGUUCUUUCCCUGCUGGAAUCAACUCGUGUGGAGAAGGCGCAAGUGGAGCCAGUCGCCCAGAUCAACUCAACCAACCACGCGAAAAGAAGGCGAACUGCUUACCUUGCUGUUGAUUGA